GCCGCUGAAGGCAGAGCUCAAUCGGCAGAGCUCAUCCAGUCAGAGAUGGGUCAGACUUCCGGGGAGAAGAGUGGACGGUGUCUGCUGUACUGUUUGCGGCAUGGGGAGACCAACUGGAACAGAGAGGGGCGCAUACAGGUAUGGAUCAAAAUAUGCACCGCAGAUGCCCAAUCGGGCACUCUGAGCCUUUUGCGUGUCUGUGCAGGGUCAGCUGGAUCAGCCGCUGAAUGACACAGGCCGUCAGCAAGUGCGCAUGAGUGCCCAGCAGCUCAAGUACGAGUCAACUGGACGCCACGGAAAGCUUUAAAUUCGCACGAGUGUGUGGUCUGCUGGCUUGUGUGCAGGAAGGAGUACGACCCUUUGCCCUUCGAUGUCUGCUACACAAGCCCGCUCCUGCGGUGCAGCGAAUCGGCUGAGAUGUGAGUCGUUGCCACGCGGGAACAAUCGAGGCCUGCCUGCUGUGAUGCCACGUCUUGUCUGGCGUUUCGCUUGUGUGCAGUUUGGUAGAGGGGCUGGGUAUGCCCGCGUCGGCCAUCCGGAGAGAUGACGCACUCAAGGAAUGGAACGCCGGGAAGAUGCAAGGUGGCCCAGACGGUCAAUGAGUGUGGCGCAUGUCAUGUUAGUCAGUGUUCAUGUCUUGGUUCGUUGGUGCAGGUCACCUGUUGUCCGAGCUGGCCAACCUGUUCCCGGCCGAGUGGCACGCCUGGCGCAUACACCGCGAUCCCGACCAUGAAAUGGCGGGCGGAGAAUCGUUCAGACAGAGGUAGGCAGAUACACCCACAGGCAGGCAGGCAGACAGGCAGACAGGGAGGGAGGGAGGGAGGGAGAGAUUCACGAUGGAGGAUUGACGAAGGGGUGGGUUGGCUGCCUUGUGCUGGUGCAGGUACGUUCGUGUGGUGGGCGCGGUCGAGCGCAUCGCUGCGGCACACCCUGACGAAGAUAUCCUCAUCAUGACACACGGGGGAGUCCUCGAUGACCUCUUCCGCAAAGCCACGUACACCUCACACACCGCACGGCCUCCUCGACACACACACACAUUCUCUCUUUCCUCUCCUCCCUCUCUCGCUGAUCAGCAACAUGGGUAUGUUCGCGCCGAGCAACUGCCCCAAGAUCAACGCUGCGGUGCACCUGAUCCAGCUGACGCCCUCCGGCCGGCCAGAGGACCCCUUCGAGUGGACCAUCCUCAAGUGGGGCAACGUCGACCUCGACAAGCUGCCCAAGCCCGCGAUGGCCGGCACCGAGCACCACCUGCCGUCGUUCGUCGCGCGUGAGGGGGCGCAGACGGUCACGGUGACGGAGGGAGGGGGCGCGGGCGUCCAGGGCAUCGAGUACGCCUGAAGUGAUUGAUGGUGGAGGUCACUUUUGUCUCGAUCUGGAUCUGGAUUCGUCAGACUGUGGAUAGGUAGCUAAUGAGGCUGGCUGGGCGGGCGGGUGUAGCGCUUGUGUGUGUGUAGUUGGGGUUGGUGGGCGGGGCGGAAAGGGAAGGGGGAGUCACGACAGA